UGAUAUAUUCUGUGGUAGUAUUUUUAAGGUUAUGUGACGUAAGACGUGCAAAUUUGUCAAACAUAAACAAAAACAUUUUCGUGAUACGUCCGGCGUUUGGAAGAAGAAACAAUUUACAAGGGGAAGAAGUACCUACUACUUCUAGUAAUUGUAAUGGCAAAGUCCUACAGAGAUUUUAAAGAGCUAGAUUUGAAUCGUGAUGAGGUCGAACGGCUGACCGAAGCUUUAAAAGAUAAGAACUUUAGAAAUCUACUAACGGAGUACGUAGACGAAGUGAGAAACCCAGAAAAUCAAAAAUUAUUUCAAGAAGAAAUAACGCAACUAGAAAAAGAACGUGGCAUUGAUGUGACGUUCAUAAACCCGGUGCCCGGUUAUGUCAUCAAGACCAGUGUAGACGGUAAUCGAAAGGCAUUUGUAAAUGUGUGUGCCAACGCAAACGUAAGUAAACCAUUUUCAAGUGUCGGGGAACAAGACGGCACUCAAGGUCGACACUGGACCAUCCCGCACAUCUUGGCACCUCCCAGAGAGGACUAUGACAAAAAAAUGGUACGCUGUCAGGUUUUUGAUGUUGUUUUUCACCCGGAAACGUUGCAAUUAGCCGGCAAAGUUAGAGCAUUUCGUGAUAUGGUCAACAAAACUGCGUGUGAUGCCAUCGAAAAGAAUUUCGGCGUGUACUUGGAUCAGAAGAACUUUCGAUUUCCCAAGAUACAAUUUAAAGGUAUGACGCAUCCUACCGUAAUUCGGAAACCGUCGAAAGAUUCGCCGCCCGAAUUCAGUGCGGAAGAAAAGGCGAUUAUGGACGAGUUUUAUUCUAAAGCCGAUGUCAAUUACUCGCAGGCUCGUAAAAUCCCGACGUCGCCAAGAAAGAAUAAAAAUGACGAUCCGAACUCGUCGUACUCGACACCGACUUAUCUAAUCAAGCAUCGUCGCCACGUCGAAAUGGAGGAAUUUGUAGAUCAUAAUGAAUCGAAAAUGAACCUAGCUAUUCCGAAAGAGUUGGUAAUAGAGAUUGACUUACCUCUUUUAAGAUCGUCGACGGACGUCGUCUUAGACGUUUCGGAAAAAAGCUUGCAGUUAACUAGCGAAACACCGGCUAAGUACAAUUUAUUUAUUACGCUGCCAUAUUGCUGUAAUCACGAUUCUGGCAAUGCGAAAUUUUUAAAGGACAAAAAGAAGUUAAUAGUCACCCUACCUGUGAUACUAAAACAAAAGCACCCCUUUGCAGCUGAUAUCACUAAAGAUGAUAGUGGUGUCGAAAGUGAUCCCGGUUUUUCAUCUAUUAGUCCCACUGAGAAUCUUGAACCAAAAACAAAUGAUACCUUUACAUUUUUGGAGCCUACCGUGCCCUAUGGCCUACCGGAUUUUACAGUUCAUGUACAUAGCAACAUGUUAUCGGUUACAUUAAAUGUAAAAAAUAUCGAUACUGGCUCUAUCGAAAAGUUUAUCGAGUCGUGUGGCUUUCAUCUAAAAUUUAACAGCAUAAGCUCCGGAUUCUAUCCGACCCAUUACGCAUUUUAUUUCAAACUUCUACAUCAUAAACUUGCUAUCGACACCUUCGCCAUCGAACCCUGGGAUAACAAUGUGGUCGUUCAAAUUCGCAUAUGUUCGUCCGAAAUGCCACUUCAUUCCUAUUUUUAUGGAAUAGAUCGAAGCGAUUUAACUAAAACGGAUUUCGUAGAACCUUUGCUUAUCCAAGACAACAAUACAGCAGAGGUGGUGGAGAAUGAGUUCGACAAAGCGGAAGAAGAACCCUGUCGUCCUACUCCAUCGAUACCUGCAACGUCUCAUUCCGAGUCGAGCGGAGACGAAAUUAGUGCAAGCUGCAGUCCGUGUAAGAGUAAAGGAAUUUUAAAGGGUCUCGCGAAAUUUCGUCAAUUUGGCAGAAGUAUUUCGGAAUCUGGUUUGGACGAAGUGCGCGAACUGAACAUCGAAACAAGCCGCGACUCUGUAAUUCCCGAGGAGCAAGAGGUAUCUACGAGUUUAAAAAAAACUGUUCGUUUUAAUGAUGUCGUUUCUAGGCAAUUAUUUCGAUCAAAUUCGACCAUUUUAGAGCAAAGGAGAAAGAAAAACUGGCGAGCGAAAGCCAAAAAACGUGCCCAAAGGAGGAGACACAGUGAAAGUGAAGUUGCCGAUGCUGGAUCCAAAACGGAAUACACUAGCUGCAGUAAUUCUAGUGAUAGUAAUAAUGAUAUAUUUCAUUUGGAAAUGAAUUAAAUUUAAUUUGUUGUUGAAACUUCUAAUUCAUUUUGAAAUUCACAUUUUAUAAUAAUUGUUAAGUCUGUACUAGCUAAACCAGUGAAUUUUUGUAGUCUUAGAAAAAAAAGGAGUACAAGUAUUGGUUUUG